AUGGAUCUAGAGGUUGUGGACGCCACGCUCUCCUCUUCGACGAUGACUCGACGGCGGCGUUCGUCAACUCCGGCGACGCUCUGGUCGAGUGGAACUCGCUCCAAAUCGACCGCUACGACGUCCGACACCUCCUCUCCUCCCCUCUGCCGCCCAGGCGGCGCCGGAACCCCCACAGCCUUCUCCUCGGAGUCUUCACUUGAAACCGAGCUCGAUCACGAACGAUACCUCGAUCUACCACAACCAUCCGAUGAACAAG